AUGGGCCACCUGAUGGGUGAAUUCAUACUAAAAAUAACGAAUCUUGAAGUCUGCAAGGGUCCAAAACAAACUGACUGCAACGAUAUGUCUGCUAGAUUAGAGAAUGGCACAACCCUGUUGUUAAACGUGCACGUCAAGGAGGAUGUUAUUCCGAACCGGGGUAAGGUCGAGGCGAUGCUGAACAAUAAGCCGUUGUUAAGAUUGCAGAUGAAAAACCCCUGCGACCACCUUUUCAUGAAGCCACUAUUCCAAAGAAUAUACAAUGUUACUAACUGCCAAUUCAAAAAGGGUCAUUACAAUUUGAGUAUUAAUAUUGAGGAUGUAGCGCAGAGAUACUAUGGCGGAAUGUUCAUAUACGGUACCUAUACGUUCAAAUCAGUUUUUUAUAACGACCAAUGCAACUUUUCUUGUGUUACUCUAGAAGUCACGUUUUCUCCAAAAAAGUCUAAAUAA